AUGAACUUCAAAAGUCUUUUUUUGUCCUUCUUCCUGGUUUUCGCGGUUGGACUCGCUCUGGUCCAUGCUGAGGAGACCAAGGAGCCCCGAGGCCCAAAGAUCACAAGCAAGGUUUUCUUCGACAUUGAGCAUGGAGACAAGCCUUUAGGAAGAAUCGUGCUUGGAUUGUACGGCAAGACUGUCCCUAAGGUAGGCAUCGCCCCGUUCUGCAGCACUGCUUCUUGGUCUGAACUGGACACUAAUGGAACGGCCUGGGUUCAGACUGCUGAGAACUUCCGCGCUCUCGCUACCGGUGAGAAGGGCUUCGGUUAUGAGGGCUCUACCUUCCACCGUGUGAUCAAGAGCUUCAUGAUCCAGGGCGGUGACUUCACCCGUGGUGAUGGUACUGGUGGAAAGUCGAUCUACGGCGAGAAAUUCCAGGAUGAGAACUUCAAGCUUAGGCACACCCGCAAGGGCCUUCUGAGCAUGGCAAACGCUGGCAAAGAUACCAACGGCUCUCAGUUCUUCAUUACCACCGUUCCUACUCCAUGGCUGGAUGGCCGCCAUGUUGUUUUCGGUGAGGUCCUUGAGGGCUACGAAAUCGUGGAACAAAUCGAGAAUGUGCCCAAGGGUCCCGGCGACAAGCCUGCGCAGACCGUCAAGAUCGUCAAGAGUGGAGAGAUCAAGGAUGAAUCCACCAAAGAACAAGAACCAGCUGAUGGACUCUACGAUGGAGAACUGUCAGAAGUAUCAACUCUGCCCGAAUCUUCCCCUUAUUCUCUUCGCAACGUUGCCUUCAUUUUCAUCUUCGUCGCUAUGGCUGUCAUCGCGGUGAAGAUCAGCAAGAAGAAGGCAAAGCAGUUCAAUGAGAAGAGCGAGGUCUAG